UACAGCGCACACUUCACCGCUGAAAAGCUCCACUACAAGAAACUCUCACAUUAAUGACUAAUGCUAAUAAGUAGCUUCAGAUAGUCAGACUGAGAAAUAAUCAUGGCAGACCAGGAGUUACUGUUGUCUGUGGGUCUGCUGUUGCUGCUGCUGCUGCUGGGUCUGAUGGCGUGCUGUCUGUGGAAGAGGAAGAAGUCGAAGAAGGGUCGGAGUCAGUACGAGGAGCUGCUCUCCACAGUGCCUUCAGUACCAGCAUGCUCUGCUCCGGUGAUCCUGGUGUCACAGGGCUCCUGGGCCACGCCCAGUGAGAUCCCUUUCACUUUGCCUCCUCGCUUCACAACACAAAACCACGAGGACCUGAAAAAUGAAGAGGAAGAGGAGGAGGAGAUGAAGAUGGAAGCACGGCGGGACAUACUGGCCCAUCGUGGGUCACUCUCAGUAAGGAGAUGGUACCCGGUGGGGACGGUGCUGGCUGGUCUCUACUCCGUUCCUCCUCUGAACGAGGUGGUGGCACCUCCUCCUGGCAUGGCCACCCGCCUCUGCUUCUCUGUGGAGUACCGACACAGUGGCGAGCAGCUCAUGGUGUCCUUGCUCCGCCUCGGCAACCUCCCUCCCCGUUUCCAUGGCAACGUCACCCUGGUGGAGCUCCGGCUUCUCCCUGAUGACCGGAGGCCCCGUCAGGCUAAGGCCAGAGGCACGGGGCCCGACCCGGAGUUCAAUGACUGCUUCGUUUUCCAGGUGUCAGGUGUGUGUGUGCCUCAGAGCACCCUGAGAGUGUGUGUGUUGAGUGUGGAGCAAGACGGCAAACGGCACGCAGUGGGCAGGGUGCUGUUUCCUCUAGAGGGGGAGCUCGGUCAGGCUGGCAGGGUGCUCUGGAGGGACCUGGAGACGGAGGACGACACACAGUGUUCAGAGCUGGGUGACGUGCAGAUCUCUCUCAGCUACAGUCCGUCUCUGCAGCGCCUCUCUGUGGUGGUUCUGAGGGCUCGAGGCCUGCAGCUGCUCACAGACGCAGGUGUGUGUGUCCAGGUGAGCUUACAGAUACACACUCAGGUGGUGAAGCUUAAACGCAGCUGUGUGGUGAAAAGUGAACACAGCCCGUAUUUCGACCACAGGAUGACCUUUAAACUGCGCUCGCAGCACCUGGACGAGGCCUGUCUGAGAUUUGAGCUGCAGCAGCCAAACGACGUCCGCUCAGAACCUCCAGCCCUGCUGGGAGUGCUGGUGUUGGGCCCCUUCAUGUACGCGAGGGGCCUGCAGCUGCAGCACUGGAUGGACAUGGUCAACACACCACAGGAGCCGGUGGAGCUGUGGCACGGACUGGGCAGGCCCACUUAACACACAAUAUUACACAUAUGAUGUACAUACACAGAGCUUUACACAAUAAACUCAUCCAGGUUCAAUAGAGGAACUGAAUCAGGAAUUUGGGGAUUUUACAAACAGCAGUAUUUUUAUACUGUAGCAUUACUUCUUUUACUUGAGUAAACCACUUUUAUCUACAUUUAAACAUCUCUCUCCAUGUCUCUCUUUAUGUCUCAUUUUGUAAUAUGGAUAACUGUAAUUUUAUUACAUUGAUCUGUUCUGUACACUCGACAUCUAUCGCAUGUCCUGGGAGAGAGAUCCCUCCU